CCGAACGCCCAACUACUAGUAUCUCUUCUGUCUUCUCCGGUUCUCCCUAUCCCACCUUUCCCUCCCCACCACCUACCUACCGCUUAUUCACCGUCGCCUACCACCUCCCCCUCCUCCACGUGCCGACUUCCGCUCCGCACCGCCAAUCCGUCGUAACCCUAGCCUAGCCCAGCCUGGCCUCACCUGAUUCCGAUCCGUCCAUGUUCGCCGCGAGGAAUUUUCCUCCCAUGGGUUCCGCAUACGCCGCCGAGAGGACGCCGAUCGAUGGAGAAUGAGGUGCUGCGUCUGCCGCGUAUCCUCCGCCGGGUGCCGGGCCAUGGGCGUCGCGGGACGGGCCAAUCCGACGUCGUCGCUGCGCAGCCGACGCUGCCUCCGCAUGCGGCCGUCUUACGCCCCGUUCUCCGAGCCCUUCACUGAACCCCCGGCACCCGCCGCACCAUCAUACCCUGCUGCCGCGCACAGUGCGUAGGAGCCGCGGGCGGACCACCGACAUCUUCGGCGAUCUCCAUUCCUCUUUGCUUCCUCUCUCUCUCUCUCUCUCUCUCUCCCCCUCCCCCCCUCUCGCUCGUAGAGUCAUUUGCUUGUCGGGGCCGAUCCGGAAUGGAGGUGUUUGGUUGUGGGACCCACAACGAUGUGGUCGAUGCUGAAUACGCGGAAGUAGAUCCAACCGGGCGAUACAUGCGCUAUAAUUUGAUUCUGGGGAGAGGAGCUUUCAAGACUGUUUAUAAGGCAUUUGAUGAGGUCGAAGGCAUUGAGGUCGCCUGGAAUCAAAUCAACAUAGAUGAGGUGAUGCAGUGUCCAGAUAAUCUUGAUAGGCUCUACACAGAAGUUCAUCUUCUGAAGUCACUCAAGCAUGAAAAUGUUAUGAAGUUUUAUUAUUCAUGGAUUGAUGACCAGAGUAAGAAAAUUAAUGUCAUCACAGAGUUGUUCACGUCUGGAAGCCUCAGGCAUUACCGUCAGAAACAUCCACGUGUUAACUUGAAGGCAAUAAAGAAUUGGGCAAGGCAGAUUCUUCAUGGAUUGGAUUACCUGCAUAGCCACCAACCUCCGAUUAUCCAUAGAGACUUGAAGUGUGAUAAUAUUUUUGUUAAUGGAAACCAUGGAGAAGUUAAGAUUGGAGAUCUUGGACUAGCUACAGUAAUGCAAACACCUAGGGUGAGGAGUGUUAUUGGUACCCCAGAAUUCAUGGCACCUGAACUUUAUGAUGAAAAUUAUGAUGAGCGUGUUGAUAUUUACUCAUUUGGAAUGUGUUUGUUGGAGAUCUUUACUCUUGAAUAUCCAUACAGUGAAUGUACGAAUCCAGCUCAGAUUUUUAAGAAAGUAUCCACAGGUGUUAAACCUGCUGCAUUGGCUAGAAUUUCUGAUCUUCAAGUAAAGCAGUUUAUUGAGAAAUGUUUAGUUCCUGCUUCUGAGAGGUCGUCUGCCAAAGAACUUCUGCAAGACACAUUUCUUUGUCCUGACAAUACACAUGAACCUGCUGUCACUAAGUUUAUAUCUCCAGCACCUAAAAAAACAGUAGAUAUCUCUCUGGCGUCUUUGCAUAUGGAUGUUGACACUUUGGAAUCUAGCCAUACUGAUUCAGGCAAGGAAAAUGGAUCUGUUGCUCCACAUACACCAGUUUUGGAGUUCACAAGAACCAACAAAAAUACAGAGCUAAAGCUAAAGGGCGAGAAACUUGAUAACAACUCCGUGUCACUGGUUUUGCGAAUUGCUGAUUUCUCUGGUCAUGCAAGAAAUAUCCAUUUCCUCUUUUACUUGGACUCUGAUACAGCUAUGUCUGUAGCUGCUGAAAUGGUUGAACAAUUGGAGUUAGCGGACUGCGACGUUACGUUCAUUGCUGAUUUUAUUGACCUUUUGAUAGUGAAUCUUAUUCCAGGUUGGAGACCUGUAAAUGAUGCAGCAGCGAACUCGUAUAGGCGAUCUGAAAGUGAACUUGCAGUCAAUUCCCAUCAGAACAUCUCAAAGUUGGUACCUGAUUAUGCAUUAAUUGAUGGUGUGAUGCGCCCAAAAGAUGUGAAUGCAUCAACUAGUUGCCUUGACUCUGUCUCAAGUGCAACCAACCUAGGAGGAUCACAAGGUUCUGAAGGUUCAGUCAUUUCUGUACAGCUUGCUGAGAGUUCCAAAAGUGUGAGUGACUAUGGGGCCGAGGAUUAUGGCACUAUGGACUGUGGUGGGUACAAAGACGGAAUCAGCACAUUAGAUUGCAGCCAUGUUUUAGAUAAUGGAUCGAGGUCGAUUUUCCAUAUAGAUCAAGCAUCACCUUUCUUGGAGUUGGCCAGCUGUGGUUCAUCAACUUCAACUGAUAACCAGGAUGUGAUGAACGGGGAGCUUGUUUUUAUUGAAGCUCAGUACAAGCACUUGGUUGAUGAGUUGACAAGGAUGCGAGAAGAGGCUAGGGAAGGAGCUCGAAAAAACUGGUUGCCAGAUACAUGAUGUUUUUGUUCAAAUUUGGCAUUUCCUCUAAACAUCAUAAACUAUGUUCGAUUUCAUGUUUGAAGUGUGAGAAAUGUUAA